CAGAUCCACAGACACACACACACCCUGACACACUCCUCCACCCGCAGCAGGACGGAGCGGCGCUGAAAGCCUAGAGAGGAGGACUAAUGAGCGGCAGAACAUGGACGUCACGUGUUUCUGAGCAAUUUGUGUCGACCAGAAGAACCUGAAGCAUCUCAAAUAGCCACAGAGAUACGACCAUCCCCUCCCUGAGAAGAGCCACUGAAGGUUUCUGACGGCUCCACCAUGCAGACUGUGAAGUGUGUGGUCGUGGGCGACGGUGCCGUGGGAAAGACCUGUCUCCUCAUCUCCUAUACCACCGGAGCCUUCCCCAAGGAGUACAUCCCCACUGUGUUCGACAACUACAGCAGCCAGGUGACGGUGGACGGAAGAGUCAUCAGCCUGAACCUGUGGGAUACGGCAGGCCAGGAGGAGUAUGACCGGCUGAGGACGCUGUCUUAUCCUCAGACCAAUGUCUUUGUCAUCUGCUUCUCCAUCUCAAGCCCUGCUUCUUACGAGAACGUCAAACACAAGUGGCACCCAGAGGUGUCCCACCACUGUCCCAACGUUCCCAUCCUCCUGGUUGGUACCAAGAGCGACCUCAGGAAUGACGCUGAGAUCCAGAAGAAACUCAAGGAGCAGAACCAGGCGCCCAUCACCAACCAGCAGGGCGCCAGCCUCGCCAAGCAGAUCCAGGCCGUGCGUUACAUGGAGUGCUCUGCUCUGAACCAGGAUGGCAUUAAGGAGGUGUUUGCCGAGGCCGUGAGGUCCUACCUGAACCCACAGCCCACAGUCAACAAGAGGCCCUGCGUCCUGCUGUGAGCAGGCGACGGGACCGAGCUCCUCCGUCUGAGAGACUGCUCUGGAAAAUAUUUUAUAAUUUUACUUUCAUUUAAUUCGAUUUUUAUCCUUUAUUAAGAGAAAAGGCAGAUUUUGGAGCGAAGUCAGAGGUUUUCCAAUCUUCUAAUAAAAGGCAAAGGGCUGUAGUUUAAAUGUGUGCAACUCUGCUAUGAUCCUUGAUCAGAUCAAACCGAACCAGAGGCAUCUGAGUGUGUGCAGAUCCUCCUCGGACGUCCUCCACAGGGCGCUCUUAUAUAAGGCUUUGGUACAAAUAUAGACUGAUCGGUCUAGGAAUAUCAGAUUUAAGAAAAACUGCCAAGAGGUUUAUUGUUCCAAAAUAUCCCCAGAAAAAUGUUCAGGUUCACAUUAGCAUCUCCUUAUCUUAGUCAACAUAACCAGGGAAGCACAGUAAAACCAGUGACUGCAGAUCCCACUGGUCGGUGGAGGACCAUUCCUCUGGGGUCUGCCUGAACUUGUGAAGCAUGUUGGGCUGAAGGUCUGGGAGGACGGGCGUCCGACAGAUGGAGGUUCAGGAUGAGUCCAGCACCGGUACCAACAGGCCCAUUCAGAAACACUUGGUUCGUACAUAAAUGUACACACAGAAACACACACCGUUUCCCUGAGCGCUCCUGAUGCUCAUAAAGUCAAGCAAUAAUUUGUUGUGCUAUCAAAACCCUUCUUUCCUGUGUAUUUGAUUCAUUAAAACCAAAUAAAAUCAAGCUGCAGUCACCUUGCUUUAGACUGAAACAGCAGUUGUUUGAGGCAGUAGAACUGUUGGUGUUUUUGGAGGAAAUCAUGAUAAAAAAACAAGAAUUUAGACUGCAGUAAAAACGUCCUGCAACAACAGCAGCAUUAAAACCUCCUCCGUUAAUAAGAAAAUCAUCUAGAAUAACUGCCGACACUGUGAAACAUCACAACACUGUUCAAAUCCGUACAGCAAAAAACACGUCUGAACUCAAACUGAAGGUUUCUGAUGGUUGUUUUAGAGUUUAGCUAAGCUGUUACCGAGGUUAAACACCUUAAAUACAGCUCCACCACUUUGUCUUAAAAAUCUAAAUCCUUUGUCUUUAUUGGAGAAGUAAUUUACGAUAUUUUAUUUAAGUGGACAUUGCAAUAAAAGCACAUCUUAUCACAGUGAACGGCUGUUUGUU